CAAGUCAUCUCUUGCUUGGGUCAGCAGCCUGCAGGAAAUCAGAGACACUUGGGGAAGUCAGCUGCACCAGGGACGUUGGAACCAUGAUGACGUCUCUGCUGAUCCCCUUGACAUACUUCUGUCUUCAAACCUGGCUGGAAACGACUCAGGCAAAACUCCAGAUUGAGCUGGACAUGAUGCCUGAUGCUUUUGACGACCAAUAUAUAGGAUGUGCUGAAGAAAUGGCUGGAAUUGCACCUGUAUUGCUGGAGAAGGAAAAGUCCAUGUCCAAAAUGUUAAGGGAUGUGUGGGAAAACGCAACAGAAAAAUGGGAAGAAGUAAAAACAAAGAUUUCUCUCCCAAGUGGCUUUCAGGAUGAAUAUGGAAGAACAAUAAUAGCCUAUACUGACAAAAGAUUUUCCAGUGAGUUUAAUAAGGCAGUGAGAGAGAACGGGAAAUCUCGAGCUUAUUACAAUGAAAGUUUCCAGUUCAAAGCCUCUCAUUAUUACUUGACAAGAGCUUCACAGCUCUUAAGAAGGAGGUGUGAUGUGACAUAUAAAAUGGAAGUAUUCCGGGGGAUUUCUGGUGUUGAAUUUCAGAAAAAGAAACCAGGUUUCAUCAGGUUUGGACAAUUUGCCUCUUCAUCUCCUAAGAAACAAGUGGCGGAGACAUUUGGCAUGGACACAUUCUUCGGCAUCCGCACAUGCUUCGGCUUUCAGAUCAAGGACUUCUCAUACUUUCCAGAGCAAGAAGAAGUGUUAAUCCCAGUCUAUGAGAUAUUCAGUGUGUCCCCAGGAGAAGGGAAUAACAGCUUUGUCCUCCGGAGCACAAACCGGACCUGCAGCCAUUUUAACUGCGCAUACCUGGGGAGAGAGAAGAGCCAAGUAUGUGUUGAGAACUCUGCUAGCAGAGGCGGCCCGGCCUUCCCCAGUGAGCUGAGCCCAUCACUGUUUGGAGGAUCCGUCAUCCUGAUCCACGUUGCUGCUCUCAAGUUGUUUGCCAGUUUCUAACUUGUCCUAUUCAUGUUACACACUUUUUCUCUCUAACACAAAUCAUGGUGAUGGGACUUGCCGGGUCCAAAGCCGUCCUGCUAUGGUGCCAGCGUUCCAAAGGGAAACCAGGAACCUGGAGGGAGUGUCGCUGGUACCUGCUUGGGCAAGCUUUGAUUGUACGUUACUGAUGAGUAGAUCAAAAUAAAGCGUAUCGUUUUAUUCCAAAUGCGAUUUGUCUUACAAUGGUAGAGCUAUAAAUGGGUGCAUGUUAGAUAACAAUUACCUGUAUUCUAGUCAUGCUAGCACUUUUGUACCGACUUUUGAUGACUUCA